GAAGGGUUUGGACAGCAUCCUGGAUGCACAGUGCUGGUGCCAGCCAAAGAUGUCCACCGCCAUGGCAGUUCUUUUCCUGCUGCUGCCGCUGGCUUCGGGUGAGCGUGCCGAAGAGGCGGCCAGCCGGGCGCUGCUGCAGCGGUUCAGCCUGAACUCCAAGACAAAGACUACCGAGGAGCGACUUGACCUCUGGCAGCCCACGCCAGGCGACCUGGAGAACCUUGUGCGAGUGAACGCGAGCGUCGCCCCGUCGCGCAUGCACGUGCUGGCGAUGCUGCUGUUGAUGUGUCUGCUGUGUGCCUUGGUGGAUGGCAUCGGCUGCUUCCUGUCCCAUGCCAUGAAGCUCAUUUGGGACGGCGAGCCUUCGAGCGUCAGGCAGCCAGACCUGGGUGGCUUAGCAUUCUUGCGGCUCCUGGGCGCUGUGCACUUGGUCAUGUACUCUUACGGGCCCAGCUGGUGUUCGGGCUUCAACGCCUGGGGCGCCUCCUGGUUUUCCCUCUACUUCAUCCUCUCCGGGCUUAGCAGUGCCCAGAAGAAGCUGAGCUUCGGGCCCUCAGGCUCAGAUUGGCUGCCGCGGAGGGACCUGCUGCUGAAGCACUGGGCACUGGUGUACCCCUUGUACUUGCUUUCUCUUGGCUGGGUCCUGCUGAACACCUACCUUCUGAAGGGAGUGCAGGUGCCAAGGCUUUUAGACCUGGCCUUUGAAGCGCUCAUGCUGCCCGAGGGGCUGUUGCCGCAGCGGCUGCUUUACAAGAUCAACGGCCCAAACGCCUUCUUCAGCGCCCUGGCCUUCUGCUGGCUGCUGGAAGAGGCCCUCUUCACCUUGGGCUCCCGGGCCUGGGAGAGUGGGCGCUUUUGCCAGCGCGGCGCCUUUGUAGCGGUGGUGCUGUGGACGGCGAUCUGGCCUUUUGCGGCGCCCGGCACACUUGUGAGCCUGGAGGACAACGUCCCGGCGCUGUCCUUCAUCCACUGCUACUUCUGUGGAGUGCUCCUAGCGCAUUCCCUCCACGACGCGCAAGGCCUUGCUGCGCGCAGCUCUGCGAUCAGCGCGUCCGGUGCGCUCCUCAUCAUGGUAGCCAUCUUCGUGGGCAUCGGAGAUGCAUCGAUGGUGGCGAAUUGGGCCCAGUUUGUGCUCCUGCCUCUGCAGUGCAUGUUGAUCUACAGCCUGGGCCGUGGCCAGGACCCAGUGGCGCGGAUCUUCGGCACCUGGCCGCUGCCGCUUGUAUCCGAGCUGGCCCUCGGCAUCUACAUCUUCCAAGCUCCAGGAAAACAGUUGUUGGAUGCCCUUAUGGGCUGGCAAGGUCCAAUUGGGGAUGCCUGGCCGCUGAAGAACCUGCGCCAGCUCAGCGUGCUGCUGGUCUUCCUGGCGCUGCUGGCGCUCUUGGCGCAGCAACUCCAACGCCGCCUGGCGCUGGCCACCAAGGCUCUGCUCGCAUGAUGCCAGCGGCGUACUGCCACUGCACCUUGUGUCGCUUCGGAGCGGGAUUCUGAGCGAGCACGGAGUAUCACGGCCCCUGGCAUGGACGGAGACCUGAGUGAGUUGACC